ACAGGCGCUGCUAAAACAACUUCCAGGUUGCUCGUUCCAAGGCCGGAGCACGCAGGUCAUGGAAGGGAGGCCCCAGACGAGUGCGUGUGACCCUGCCGGCAGCGACACCGCCGGCAGCGCGGGGGCCUUGGUGCCAUGCAGGAGCUGAGUUUUGGUGAGGAUCCAGCCCCUUGGCUCGGCUAUGACCAGCAGCAGCAUGGCCAUGGAUUGUGAGAGGUGCCAGUGCCACAGCGAGGACAAGCACACCGCCAUCCUCUACACCCUCCUCAGCCAGAACCUCAGCCACAGCCCGGUUCAGCAGCGCUGCCUCUGCCACCAGCGCCGCACCGUCUGCCUCCGCACGCCCCACGUCACCUGCCAGGCAGCCUCCAACGUGCUGGUAAAGACCAUCAGCUUCAUGAAAAACCUCCCUUCCUUCAACCUGCUGCCCCGAGAGGACCAGCUCCUGCUGCUGGACAGCUGCUGGGUCCCCCUUUUCCUCCUGGGGCUGGUCCAGGAGAUGGUGACCUUCGAGGUGAUGGAGACCCCAGCCCCCAGCAUGCUCAAGAAGAUCCUCCUCAAUGGGCAAAGCAAACGGCAGGAGCCUGAGUGGGCACAGCCCACGCUGGCGGCAGUGCAGCGGCUGCAGUGCUGCCUCAACACCUUCUGGAGCCUGGACCUGAGCCCCAAGGAGUAUGCCUACCUGAAGGGAGCCAUUCUCUUCAAUCCUGAUGUCCCUGGGCUGAGGGCCUCCCUGUACAUCGAGAGCCUGCAGCAGGAAGCCCAGCGAGCGCUUCAGGAGGUGCUGCAGCCCCUGCACCCCGAGGACCAGGGCCGCUUCGCCCGCAUUUUGCUGAUUGCCUCCACCUUGAAAUCCAUCCCUCCUGCCCUCAUCACGGAUCUCUUCUUCCGACCCAUCAUCGGCAACGCGGACAUCAUGGAGCUCCUUGCCGAAAUGCUCUAUGAGAUAACGGGCAGGCAGCUGGCUCCUGCGGUGUGCUGAGGAGCCACGCUCAGCCCCCAGCCCCACGGGUGCUCCCCACACCUCGCCAGGCAAGGAAAGUGCAUCUGGGAGCAGGGAUUUAGCCUUGGACUCUGCAGGGAUUGCAGUAGGGAUGAGGCAGGAGGAUUCUGCCAGGCUGCAGCAGAGCAGGCAGAGAAACUGCUCCAGUUCAGCGGGUGUUUACAGCAGCCCCUGGUCUCCGUUUCAGGCGCAGGCACCUGUGAACAGAGCAUGGAGCAGGGCAGGUUAGAGCCCAGCCUGAUUUUUACUCAAUGAAUCCUUGAUCCCAUUGAAAUCAAUGUGCAUUUUGCUGUUAACUCCAAGAGAUGUUUGUCCUCAGCUAACAGCUUGAUUCUGGGGUGUUGAGGCAUGUCCUCAGCAUCGCUUCCCGAUCACAAACAUGGUGGGAUUAGGUCUGGGUGAAGUCUUGCUCUGUUUAUUGUGCUUGAAAUCUUAGAACUAUUCAUGAAAGAUUGUCCUAAGGCACCAAAAGGGGAAAAAACAAUAUUAGAUCUUGCAGGAUGUGCAGAUUUCCCUCUCUGUCUUAGACUCUAUCUUUUCUCUUUAACACCAUGAAAUGCCACAGUGG